AUCGAAUUUAAAGUUGAAUUUAGCGCCUAAAACUACAAGAAAUGUCAAAACGUCAAACCAAGGUUAUACGACCUUCUUUUCUCCUACGUUUACCAAAUUCAAUCAUGAAUCACAAGAUAAAAUACUAAUUAAUACUCAAUAAAGGUGCAAAAAUGGCUUAUAUAGUCAAUCCAGACGUGGUCCACUACGCCUGUAGUUGUGGCCUACUGAAACCAAUCUCCAGACUUUAUUUUUGUCGUCAUUGCUUAGAAUUGCGAUGCGGCUUCUGCGUUUGCCAUGAAGUGGAUUCAUUAUUCUGCGGUAAAUGCUUAGACAAUCGCACUAGUAAAGAAGCCGCAGAGCGCAAAAACAAGUGUUUAAACUGUUUUAUCUGCCCAUCGUGUCAGCAGCAGCUCUCCAUGCGAUCAUCCACUGUAAAAAGCACUGAGGGAGGUAAAGAAUCCUCUAAGGUGGUUUAUUUGAUCUGUUUGUGGUGUAGGUGGACUACUAGAGAUGUGGGAAUAUCAGAUCAACCAGUUGGUAAUAAUCGUUGGCCAGAGCGUGAUAACGUCUACGCCAACAGACUACAUGGUAUUCAGGAGAGGUACAAAGCUUUAGUCCUUGCAGAAAUGCAGCAGAAGCUUGAAAAGGACAAGAAAAGACAGAAAAAAUACGUUACAUACACUGAACGUACGGGGAUAACAGCUGCGAUGAUUCGUAAAAAGUUGGGCAUUCCAGACGUGCCUAAUCCUCAUUUAAAGAACAAAAUCAACGAAGCUGAGCCGGCAAUUCCCCAUGAAGACGUCGAUGAGUUACCGGAGGAACUCUUAACACAACCAAUCAUAUUAACAAACAUUACUACAUUGGAUCAACGCUUGAUUCAACCAGAUAUGCAACCAACUGUCGUCGAUAAACUUUAUCCAGUGCGUAAGCAGCUCUCUGUGAAGCAAUCUCUGCGUUGUAGAAGUUGUGAACACAACGUGAGCAAACCAGAAUACAAUCCAAACAGUAUCAAGUUCAAAAUUCAAUUGUUUGCGUAUUAUUACGUGCCAGAGGUGCGCAUUUUCACUGUGGAACCGCUCAGAGUUGAAAAAAAGUGCGAAUUGCUCUUGAAGUUUGUUAAUCCCACUCAGUAUCAAACAACAAUUAAACUUUUACCUUACUACAAGAAGGUUAAAGCUGAUUUUGAGGCUGUUAAACAAGAAACAGAUGUUUCUCUUGAUACUGUUGAAGAUUCAAAGGAAAAUGUUGUCAAAUUAGAGGUUAAAGAGGUCAAAGAAGAAAAACCAGAGACUAAAGAAUCAAAGGAACCAACUAGUUUGACAUCUUUACCAAGCCUGGCGAGUCUUAGCAUCACACGCCAACAAAGCACAACGAUAAAACCACGUCCCUGUGAUGCAGAAAUAACCGCCGAUUUGAUUAUUCCAGAAUGUAGUUUUAUUUUGCCUCCGAGAGACGAUGCAGCUGAGUAUGAUGAUACUGCGGACAGUCACAACUAUCAGGAUGAUCCAAAGGUUGUGGUGCAUAGAAAAUGCAACAAAGCAACAAUUCGCCUUCAAGUAAUCCCAAAACAGAUGGAAUUGGGUGAGGAAGUUGUUGUUGCAUUCACAAUGCAACAUAUUUACACAACAACAAGCAUGGAGAACAAGGAACCGAUCAAAACUCCGCUUGAAGUUCCUGUUUUUCUAAGUUUAGGCAAAGUGGUAGGUUCGCAAUAACACCUAACCUCAAAACAUAAGGUUUUAACAUGUAUUUGUUAACCUGGAAGCUUCUUUACUUAUAAUACUAUUUAAAUAUCUUAAAUUUAAUCAUAUUUUACAGUUUAUCUACGGUGUAAUAUUGCUUUGCGUGUUUUGUGGGUUGCGUAACAUUUCUGCGCUUAUUUUGUUCAUUUUUAUAACCUAUAAAUAUUACGUAUAUUAACUAUAA